AUGGUAAAGACUAAAAUACCAACAAGUUUUAAAUUUGAUAGAAUUAAAACAAGUAACUAUAACUUUGGUGCUCAUAUUUCAACUGCUGGAGGUAUAAGUAAUGCUAUAUACAAUGCAAUGGAUAUUGGUGCUAAUAGUUUUGCUUUAUUUUUAAAAUCUCCAAGAAAAUGGGUUUCUCCAAUGUAUAAAGAUGAAGAAGUUGAAAAAUUUCAUCAAUUAUGUGAAAAAUUUAAUUAUAAUCCAAAAACUGAUAUAUUACCUCAUGGUUCAUAUUUUAUAAAUUUAGGAAAUCCAGAUCCUGAAAAAGAAGCAAAAGCUUAUGAAUCAUUUAUUGAUGAUUUAAAAAGAUGUGAAAUAUUAGGUAUAGGGUUGUAUAAUUUUCAUCCUGGUUCAAGUUUAGAUGGUGAUCAUAAAGAGUCAUUAGUGACACUAGCUAAGAAUAUAAACAAUGCCAUUAAGGAUACUUCUUUUGUUAAAAUUGUUAUUGAAAAUAUGGCAGGGCACGGAAAUUUAAUUGGUUCAAAUUUACAAGACAUUAAAGAUGUAAUAGAUAUGAUUGAAAAUAAAGAUAGAGUUGGUGUUUGUUUAGAUACUUGUCAUUCAUUUGCUGCAGGUUAUGAUAUAACAACAAAGGAAAAAUUUGAUGCUUUUCUAGAUGAAUUUGAUCAAUUAAUUGGUAUGAAGUAUUUAUCAGGUAUACAUUUAAAUGAUUCAAAAGCUCCAUUGGGUGCUAAUAGAGAUUUGCAUCAAAAAUUAGGUCAAGGAUUUUUAGGUCUAGAAAUAUUUAGAGUAAUUGCAAAUUGUGAAAAAUUAAAAAAUGUACCAAUAAUACUAGAGACACCUGUUGGUAAAGAUGAUUCUGUAUAUGGAGAAGAAAUUAAAUUAUUAGAAUGGUUAGAAGGAAAAUCAAUUGAUGAUGAGGAGUUCAUUGCAAAGAAAGAAGAAUUAUGGAAAUUAGGUGAAAAAGAUCGUAAGGAACAAUUGGAAAAAUUUGAAGAUAAAGUAAAGAAGAAAAGAAAAGCUGAAAAGGGUCAAGAUAUAACUAAAAUAAUAAAGAAGACUAAAUAG